CUCCAGACAGUUAGAAAGAGUGUAUAAACACCGCUCUCACUCAAAGCGAAUUGGAGAUCAGCUGUUCCGCUCAAUGUAGCAUACGAACAGUGUUACCACAAUUUCUUUAAUUUAAGAUUUAUUGCAAUUUGUUUUAGCAUUGUAAAGUAAAACAUUAACUAAUUUAUUAACACAUUUGAUAGUAAAUUAUUUAUCUUAAAUAAAGUAUAUUUCAAGUAUUACCAAUUUUUUUUCAUGCGAAUUAAAGCUUAAUUUGUUUCAAAAACUUCAGUGCUACUAAAGUUUUCUGCUGCAGCUCUUAUUGAAGAGGAAUGGCAGCAUUGUAUGCCAAACUCAAGUUGAUUUUCAGCAAAGAAAUACAAGCUGGUGUGAAAUGUGAAAUAAAAUGGAAAAUAAAAAGAAAAGAAAUAUAUGGAGAGAAAAAGAAAUAAUAGAAAUGAUUUCUAUUAUAAAAGAAAAGCAUAUAUUAAAAUUGUUGGACAGCAAAAUAAAAAGGAAUCGAAGCAUUUUUGAAGAAGUGGCUCGUGCAUUGAAUUCCAAAGGAAUCAAAACGGACGCCAUCCAAAUUAGAGCGAAGUUCAAAUCGCUGAAAAGCGAUUAUUACAAAGCCAAGCGGAAUAAUAAUAGCAGUGGUGCUGAAAGACAAACCUGUGAUUAUUUCGAAAUGUUAGAUGAAGUGCUUGGUCAUCGACCUGCAGUAUCUGUAGAGGGCGUGGACACUUCACAAACCGAGCGGCCAGCAGACAACACAAAUACUUCGCAAAGCAGCUAUUUAGAAGUGGAAGCAGAUUGUAUUGAAGAAAACGAUCAUGCCGAUGGUUCGGAAUCCAGUCCCGCAUGCAGUACUCCUCGUAAUCCGAAAACGUUCAAAAAUCAAAAAAAAAACUCAUAUCUGAAAGCUAUGGAGUCUUUUACAAACGAGUGGAAAAAAACGCAGGAAAACUUAGUCGAUUCCUUGAAGAAGCAAGACGAAACCCAUUUUAGUAAAGUGGAACUUCUAUUAGAAAGAAAUCGCAAAGAGACGCAAAAAAUGUUAGAGGAUGAUCGCCACGAAACCGCCAAGAUGUUUUCUUCUCUGUUAAGCACGAUGCAGAUGUCACAACCGUCAAACAUUCCUGUUUACAUGCCUCAUCAUUUUCUCUCACCCUCACUUGCUUUGGCCCCGGAAAUCGUAUCAGCAACGCCUGGUGAAUUUGAUAUUUUUAGGUCACAGCAAUCUCCAGAAUAAACACUUUUCAUCGCUUGUUUCAUUCACAACAUUCAUAUUUUCAAUUACAUUUACAGUGGCGCCCACGUAAAGAGCACACUUUCGUUGUUUACAAUAUUCAGUGUUUAACGUGAUUUAUUAUAUUUAUGAUUUAUUAUACUAGAAUUGAAUAGGCUACAAAACUGCAUACCCCAUAAGUUUCUAAGGAUUCUGAAAAGUGCAAAAUUUUGAUGAAUUUUUUUUUAAAUCUUUAAAAAAAUUUCCUGAAUUGUGCACACGGUUUUUAACUUUGCCUUAUAUGGUUUAUGUUAUAGAAUCUACUAUAUUUUUACAAAAACUUUACGAAAACGUGACAUUGUAAAAAAUCUAGGUGUGCGAUUUACGUGAGCGCCGCUGUAUAUAAACAUAUAAUGAGUACGAAAUGCAUUUAUUUGUAGUCUUUUGUGAACUUUUUGUUUUUUUAAAUGUUUAAUAUACUGUUGCCAUACAUUAAAUAAAAUUAAAUCAACAUGCGCUUAUGCAUAUUUAUACAUACAUAUACGUACUUAUGUUUAUUAGUUUUUGAGUUAUCGCAUCGCUAGAUAGGACUUCGGUACGACGCCAUAUAAAAAUUAAAUUAACUUAAUUAAAAAUUUAAAUUUAAAAACAUAACUGAUGCUUUUUUAAUAACUAGGCCAACGUAAAAUAUUCAUUUUUUCAUUACAAAAUUUCAUUCAAUUUCUCAUCUCAUGUGCGUCGAAACAGACAAAGAAAAUUAUAAUUAA